AUGUCCCGAGAUCAGAAGGCUCGAUUUUGGUGGAGUUUGUGCCAUAUGGCAGUGGCAGGAUAUACACUAUGGAGUGCCCACGGUUCAAUGGCCAUGACUGGCCUUUCACACUUAAUGCUCUUCGACUCUCUUGGGGCAAUGCUGUGCGUUGUGGUAGAUAUCCUUGGAAAUUUUGAAGUCUGGAAAAGGUCCAGUAUUCGGCAUCCAUUUGGGCUAGAAAGGGCCGAAGUGGUUGCUGGGUUUGCUUUAUCCGUCCUUCUAUUCUUCAUGGGGGGCGAUUUGAUAUCCCAUACCGUGCAACAUGUACUUGGCGGCUCUCAUCAUGCACACCCCCAUAAUGAGCAUGAACGGGUAACUCCGGGUAGCGUUGAUAUAACUGCACUCCUUUCAAUUGCUGCAACUUUGAUUUCAGCCAUCGGGCUCAAAAAUCAUGGACGAAUUGGCAAGGCUAUGCGUGUCACCUAUAUACAAGCACUACCGUCCUUGCUCAGCAACCCUGCUCAUUUCCUUACUCUAUCGUGCUCCACUCUCCUUCUUUUACUCCCUUUGAUAUCAGUUUCCUUUUAUUCGAUGCUUGAUCCGGUUAUUUCCUUUACUCUAGCCUUUUCUAUGUGUUCCCUGGGGAUUCGUCUAGUGGUGAACCUAGGCUCUAUGCUUCUCAUGUCUUACGCAGGACCUGGCGUUUCUGCCGUCAUGAAGGACAUUGCCGCACACCCAUCAGUCACAACUGUUGAGGAGGCGCGCUUCUGGCAAGUCCACUAUGGCUUGUGUAUGGCCAAUCUCAAGCUGAGAGUGAGUGGCUCAGAGGAAGCGAUUACCCUUCUCAGGGAGCGGAUAGUCAAUAUGAUCAAGCAGCGUCUUGGAGGCGAGUAUGGCACUGGAGUGCAAAAAUGGGAGGUUUCUUUGCAAUUCAGUGUUGACUCAACAUGA